AUGGAAGCCUCAGAAUACGAUGUGCACGAUCCCAGGGGGGAAGAUGCCGAAUUAGCGAUGGAGCCUCAUGUGGAAGAGGCGAGACAGAUAGCUACUCUCACGUCUCCUGGGUGCCAAGUGUGUCAAGACUUGCUGGAGAUGUUUGCAGCGAGCGAAGAGAAACUGCCUGCCACAACUCAGAUUGUUCUAGGGUUUUUCGACGAAGCCAUGUCCACCAACUGCCUACGCCACAAGCCUUUGGUGGAGUGGUUUGUGGACCAGUGCCGGCAGCAGCCACAUGAAGAUUGGAAGGAGUAUUUGGAGAUUUUGUUCCGAAUGGGCGUCGUUGAACUUUUUGAGUCAGUAGACAUGACUGGCGUCAAUUUUAACCUUGCGCUCGCCAGCAAGUCGCCGCUACAUCCAGAUCCUGUCCGCAAAGCGCGCAUCAUCGACCCAGAGUAUAUCGAUCUGGACAUUUUCAAACACUGGAAGAACGAGUGCCUCACGUCUCAUGGCACUUGGUGCCAAAACUCAAUGAAAAUUUGGCACACGCGCCCGGCCUGGCUUGUGGACGUGAAACAAAUGUGUGUUGUCCCCGGUGACGAUCCUGCCGUCGGCUCAUCCUUCAUCGCUCUAAGCUACCUCCACGGCGACGGAACAGCCACCGAUCAACUAGGCCUCAUGGGAGCCAUCUAUGCCAGCGCAGCGGUGGUCAUUAUCGCCACGGAUGGCGACGCGCAGGAGGGCAUUUCGGGCCUCAGAGGGAUACCCCAAUCAUGCCCUCGAAAGUUUGAUCAGUGGUCAUUUCCAUUUGGGGGUGAGGAAACCAUUGUUGCCAGAGACCAGUGGUCGUCUAUUUUGGCCGGCGGACUGUACUUCACUCGCGGCUGGACAUUUCAAGAGUACAAAAUGGCCAGCCGCAAAAUCUUCCUUCACGACGGCCUGGCGCACUGGGAGUGUGAGUGCGCCCAAUGGGACGAAGAUCUUGCUCACCUAGAACCUUUCAACUUAUCGAUCGACCCAGCAGGCCGUGAAAUUUUGGCUGGGUUCCCUGAACUCUCCUCGCUGGGCAGAAUCAUCGAGAGAUACAACGAAUUGGAGCUACGCUACGAAGAGGAUGCGCUACCUGGGAUCACGGGCCUUCUGUCCGUCCUCAGCCGCUCCUUCGCCGGUGGCUUCUUAUAUGGGAUCCCAGAAGCUUUUUUCGACCGGGUCCUUGGAUGGAUACCAUUAUCGUCGCAGAACAGAGUGGUACGGCGUGUGUCCUCAGAUCGUCCUGCUCACCUGAAGUUUGCAUCGGGUUUGCCCUCCUGGUCUUGGGUCGGGUGGCAAGGCUGCAUCCGCGUAGGAGAAGAGGCGGAUCGCAACCAUCACCUGGAGAAUUCUAUCUGCGAGACAAUUCCGGUCACACAGUGGUACACUGGAGAGCACCCAACGACUCCUCCACAGGAACGUCGGCGGAUACGGUCGAGCUGGUAUGAUCAAAGAAGCACCCGGAAGAAACACGCUGCAGAGCUCGGCUCACCAUUGCCGGACGGAUGGACUCGCCACGAAGUCAAGCCUGGGGCCAAAAGGAGAUUUGGCUCACCAUUCCUAUGGCCAGAAGGAUGUGGAGGAUAUGUAUAUACGCACGAAAAAUUGCCCGACAACGGCUAUUGGGCUUCAAAUACCUUCUUUUAUCCCUUUCCUGUACCAAAGAUCACGGAGUCGACCCCACCUGAAAUGCCAAAGCAGACGGCAUAUCUGUUCUGCGCGACCCAACGAGUCCGUCUCUGGACUCGUGGGGAGAAAAUUCUUACCGGCGAGCGCGAAAACGAAUAUGGUAGUAUUCGCAUACACAUACAUGAUGAUGUGGGAGAUGCAGUAGGUAUCCUUCGACUAAAUAAUGAAGAUCAGUUGGAAUGGCUGCAAGCCAUAUCGACGGGCACUGAAAGGGGUGUGCAACUCGAGCUUGUGGCGAUCAACCGUGUGCUGACGCGGGGAAAUACCUACGACGAGGAAAAGUCGAACUAUGAUCUCCCUCAAUGGGCUCGAGAUGAAUAUACUGUCUUAUGGAUAGAGUGGGAAAAGGGGGUCGCGUAUCGCAAAGCAGUGGGCCAUAUCGAAAAGUUUAAGUGGGAAAACCUUCAGGUUGAAGAUGUUGAUUUGGUCUUGGGAUAA